AUGGCUGAACCAUCGAAUCCACACAAUGUGGAGGGUGAAAACCCUGAACAGCCGAUAGUGGCUGAGGAAGAAGACGAGGAUGAUGAUGUUAAUGUUCCCGGUGGUGGGUUACCGGUGUUAAAGUGGACAAAAGGUAGUUUUAAAACCCUGAUGGCCACUGUUCAGAUGGCCAAAGACUGGAAUGCUACCUACCCACAAGUGGGGGACACCGGUGCCGAUGCUCCGGCUGGUUAUAUAACCUUGUGGGCGGAUUUUUUCACCCACGGUAACCUUAGGUUGCCGGUGACGGUGUUUGUGGCGGAGGUAUUGGAGUAUUAUCACCUCCAUAUCUCCCAGCUUAGUCCUUUCGGAAUGUUCCGAAUUCGGAAUUUUGAGUACACAUUCCGUGCCUAUGGCCUGCCCAUUUCAGUGGAGAACUUCCGGCGUUUCUACCAGUUGACGGUGAACACCGGUUUUUUCUCGUUCACUCAAAGGCAUGGGAGUCUGAAGUUGAUGACACCCCCUAAGGGUGUGACAGGCUGGAAGAAGAGGUUCUUCUACGUGAAAGCCUGUGCGGUCUAUGCUAACAUGUCUUUCAGGAACGUCGAUGUUGGAGUUUCCGAUGAAGAUAUUCCUGUUGCUUCCGCAGAGACCGCGGACUGGUUCUCUAGGCUGCGGCCUAUUGAACUCAAGAAGUUGGAUAAUGACCAACUAUGGAUAUUGCGGAUGAUGCUCUCUAGACCGGAUAGGAAGGAAAGACCCGUGUUGCGGGAACAGGGUGGUGCGGAUGCGGUUGGCUUGUGGAGGAUGUUUGAGCCUGAUUUCAAGGGCCAGGUUGAACUGAUCGCGGUUGAGUUGAAGAGAGGUUUCAACCUUGAAAUUCUGAAGAACUUCCGCGUACCAUCAAAAGCGGUGCUGGAAGCCCCGGUUCCGGGAGACGCAAGAGGUGUCCUUGCGGAUUUGGGGAAGUUUGAGAAACGCGUCCCCAAAAAGACUGUGGAGAAGAAAACGGUAAAAAAGACCGUGCGGGGUCGUGGUAAGGGGAGUGUUGAAGGCUCAGCUGCCCCUUCUUCCGUUUUCGAAGCCGCAGGUAGUGGUGCGGCCGCGGGUGGAACUGGUGUGGUUCCCCCCGUUGUUGGAGAGAAAAGGGGGCCAGAGCAGAAAGCUGCUGGUGGUGGUGAACCGAAGAGGCGGAGACUGCUGAGCAGGAGAGUUGCUCCGGUGCAGAAGAAACCUGCAGUUGCUGCUGAAUCCCGAGAUGCGGGGUAUUCUUUUGGUGAAAUUCCUGCGUCUCCUCCGCACACCGCUGCCGCGGGUGCGGGUGUUUUGAAGGAGAAGGUCGCGCCUAAGGAGCCUGCGGCCCCUUUUGCUGGGCCAGGAGAUUUUGGGUGGUCUGGGGACCCCGUUUGA